UUUUUUUUAGGUAAAAUGGCAUCAAUGAUUACCACGGACUUUACCGAAUGUCUGAAACCAUUUCAGAUUACGUUGAAGUUAUUUGGACUAGAGACUUGUCAACUGAUCCCACAAGAAGUCAAUGGAGACGGCACACGUUACAGCUUUAAGAGAUCUGCUGCAGCAACUACUUUCUGCGUUCUGAUUGGUUUAUCUGUGUUCGCUGCCUAUGUUGUCAACUUUUACGUAACGACUUAUUACGCUAACAAUAGUUUACCACUUACAGUCAUUACGUCCUAUUUAAUCUCUACAAGUGUGUCAGUCUCAGUUGCCUUAGUGAGCCUCAUAAGCAUGCUUAUUAACCACAAGAAAAGGUUGGACGUAAUACACAGCUUUAUUGAAGUGGACAGCAUACAAAUUGCAUGUUCGCAUGACUGGUACAGAAAAUGGUCUAAGCGUUCAACUGCUUGCAUCCUUGGGGUUUUCACUGUACCUAUCGGAGCUGUUGUUGUAGGGCUUUGCUCCAACACGAAUAUAUAUUCUUACUUCAAAAUUGCUGAGGACUUAUCCAAUUUCGUGGUGUUGGCCGUGGUGCUGCAGUACGUGAACACGGUGCUGCUGGUUCGCCAGAGAGUGCAGGCGCUGAACAGCGAGCUGCGAGGCAGCACCAGGCUGCAGAGAGCUUCACAGAGCAGGGUUCACAUGGCCCCGAGCCGCGUGUAUGGCCGGCUGCUCGCUCCCGGUGGCUCACUGCAGCACACGGAGACAAUCUGCACCAUGAGCGCUGUCUACGGCAAACUGCACCGCAUCACAUGCCUCAUCAACUCUGCGUACGGAUGGCAAGUCAUGUUCUGCAUCCUCCUCUGUGUUUCGUCCUUGACUACGGUAUUGCAUUUUGGCAUGCAGUUGAACUUCGAGUCGUCUUACGCAGGGCAACAUGAGAACAGCGCUUUUGCAAUGACAUCUGUCGUUCUGUGGACGCUGUUUUACACAGCGGAGACAAUUGCGAUAAUCCGCGUGUGCAGCGCAACACGGAAGGAAGUCAGCGUCACUAAAAAUGAGAUCCAACGUUUCCUCCUGACGCCAGGUCUGGACGGGAGAGCCGUCAGAGCGCUGAGGGAGUUCUCUCAGCAUAUCUCCAGCAGAGAGAUUGAAUUCAGCGCCGCUGGAUUCUUCAAUAUUGACAUGACUUUGCUGGCUUCUAUGGCGUGGACUGUGCUUUCGUAUCUGCUGGUUCUUAUCCAGUUCGACUAAGUUUAUGUCUGCAAUUCAAACAUUAGCUUUUCACCUGCGUCUGUGCUCGCAAGUCCUGUGCUACGCGCUGUUUCAAUUGUCGCACGUUGUGUUGGAAUAUUGCAAUUGGUGCCUGAUACACUCGUUCUUUAGUAUUCGGAUAAAUAAAUAUAUUUAAUGAAUAAAAAUUUUUAAUUGACAAAACAGAUAUUCGGUGUGAAACACUUGUUAUAAUAUUGUAUUAGAAUAAAUUAAUAGUAUUAACAAUCUUUCAUUUUAUUAGUUUGCACAUAUUUUAUUUAUAAUUCUGUGUCCACCAAAACAUGCAAAAAAUAUAUGUAAUAAACAUUCAUUGCCAAUGAUUUAUGAAAUAUAAAUUAAUCAGUUAUACGAAUGUCUGAGCUAAAAUGUGAUUUACAUAUAAGACAGUUUAUUAUUGUGUUGUUUUAAGGAAAAAUGUUUGUGUAAUAAGUAUGAAUUUGUUUGGAAGAUUUCACUAUAUCAAACCACUUUUUGUGUAAAUGUUUUUAUGUAUCGGGCACUCACCCCACGCGGACUGAUUAUUAAAUUUGGAGUUUAUAUGUGACCACAGUAAACAUCUACCUUUUUAUUGAUAAAACGAAGAAAAUGAGUACUAGCGUUCUACAUCGUCAACCAAUACAACAACGAACGCCGAAGAAAUCAUUUUUACAUUGAACCUCUUGCCAGGAUUUUACCACCUCCUCUGUUUUCAUGAUCCGGGUUCCUUCCUUGCAUCUCUACCAACACAGCUCUACUCUAAUUGCAGAGUCGACAACUAAAGUGGUGAGUGAAUUCAAAUCUUCUCGAAUCCAAAACUUGAAACUAAAUAUAUAGGUAUCAUGGGUCUAAUAUAAAAUAAGGUUCAAAAAAUUAAAUUGAUUCUUUAUAUUUUUUAAUGAUCGUUUCACAAACAAAGUUCUCACAAUAAAUAAUUACAUAAAAAGUAAUUAUACGAAAAUAAUAAUUUUUUUUAAAUUUCGUUUUAAUAUAUCACAGAUUACUAUAAAUCACUUUUAGCAUCGUAUAUGUUUUUGAUUUUAAAUAUGUUUUUUAAUAUUUCUAGGGAAAAAAUUAACUUUGUUUGUAAUGUAUUAGUAAAGUUGUUUUUAUGUUUUUGGUUAUUCUUUUUAUUUAACUUAGUUAUGUAAGUUAUGUUUUAUUAUCACUUUACAUAAACUUUGUAAACAAAAUUUGGUUUAGUUGAAGACAAGGUAGCACGCCUUAAUUUCGCGACAUAAAAUAUCGAUAGAAAAAAUAACGUUAAAAUAUAUUUAUUGGGGAACGAUAAUGUACUUCACAGUUUUUAGUGUUGAAUUUUCGAAGUAAACUACAUUUCCUCCGAUAUUUUUCUUCGAAUCUUUUCCCUCGAAUAUCAAAUAUUUUGAAUACCGAGGAUUCGGUGGUAUUCGGGGAUGUUAUUGGCCAGUCUCCGUCGAGAACUCGUCCACACAGAAAACAAUUUCUGUAGUUUUACAAAA